CAGUCUUUUCACUGCAGCUGAAUGAGUUGUGGCGCCCACAAUGCUCCCAUGACAAGGAGCUGACAAGUUCCAUUUUCCGUCGCGGGCAUCUUGGAAUCAUGACUCCCACAAUGCCUUGGGCACUCGGUCGACAGUGGGGCCGCCUCUGAAAAAAAAAAUGUGAGAGGUAAGUUUCCAUUUUCACAGUUUCCCCGCGCCGGUCCGCCGCGCUUCAUUGUUCGGACUCCGGCGGGUCAGCCCGUGGCUGAAGGAGGAAGUGCGAGGAGGUGCUCGCCGGCCGCGGUUCUCCCCGGCAGGGGCGGGCCGCGCGCGGUGGUUGGUUUCGCGUCCCUCAGCACCUCCUGCCCGGGGGAAGGCGGGAGGGUGAGCCGCAGCCGCUCCUGCGCCCUUCCCUGCCGCGGGCUCUGCGGACGCUGUCACGGCGCAGCCGGCGCAAGGCUUGGCAGCCCAGCGGGACCCAGGGAGAAAAAGGGGGGCGAGAAGAGAAACAGGUGCGUGCAAGUGUACUCACAACUUAAUGACCUUUGUCGGGGGAAGGUGUGAGUCCCUCCGAGGCGAGCGGCGCGCGGGUCUUCCCGGUGGCUCCCGCAUCCCUGGCCCCGGGGCUGCCAUCCCGCCCGGUUUUCAUCUGGGCCAAAUAUGUGCACGCAAAGGUUAAUUCUCUGCCUGCUACCCAUAAAUUACGCAUGACAUGUUUAGCUGGGCUGCCUUAUAUGGAGAGUGCUGUAUUUCAGGCCACUUUGCCUUUUGCCAAGUUUACAGGGCGGAAGACGCCCUGUAGGAGAGGGCUGCCUCCUCCUUUUCUUCUUCUUCUUCCUUUUUUUUUUCAUCGUUUUGUAGUGCGUCACUCAAAAACUGUAAGAAAAGUUGGUACUAAGAAGUGCCUUUCCUGACGUCUCUGCUGCUUGGAACCGCUUCUAGAGCAGUCUCUGCUUUUGCCUUGCUUGCUGCCAGCUAGACUGUGACGACAGCACAUCCACCCUCCACCUCUAGCCCAGACACCCCCAUUUCUACUUAUAAUCAAGAGAAAAGCUCUAAGUAUCUGGCAUUGCCCUAGGCUGCUUUAGUGUUAAAAGAAAAGUUUGCUGAAAAAGUAAGAUAUCUUCUGCCAGGAAAUCAAGGAGGAAAAAAAAAAAUCAUUUUCUCGAUUUUGCUCUAAACUGCUGCAUCUGUCUAUGCCAAACUAAUCAAUACCGAUUGCACCACCAAACUCCAUUGCAAAUUCAGCUGUGAGGAGAUUCCCUUUCAGACAACUUUGCUGAAAGCAGCUUGGAAAUUCGGUGUCAAAGGGUCUGCCACGUUUUCAUGCUUGCAUUUUGGGCUCCAAAUUGGCACUGGGAAGGGGUUACUGAGAGCACAAGGCUGAUACCAGGCCCUACUUUUAAACAUUCAUCUACUUACAAUCCUAGUAUUUCUCUAAAAACCAAAACCUCUUUGAAUUAACAGUUUCAUGCUGUGAAUUUCUAGUGGGAGAUCUUUUCCUUGAUAUUGACGACACAAUUUUCCAUGUACUUUUAAAGCAGGGAGUGGGGAAAAGUAUUUUGAGGGGACAUUUUCAUCAUCAGUUCAGCUUUUUUUUUUUUUUUUUUGGUUGUUGCUCUUUUUUGGGGGGGGUUGGGUUUGUUGGUUUCACUGAAACAUUUAACUACCUGUAAAAUCUAAGCAUGGCUGUUAGUGUCACACCAAUUCGGGACACAAAAUGGCUAACACUGGAAGUAUGUAGAGAGUUCCAGAGGGGGACUUGCUCACGGCCAGACACGGAAUGUAAAUUUGCACAUCCUUCGAAAAGCUGCCAAGUUGAAAAUGGACGAGUAAUCGCCUGCUUUGAUUCAUUGAAAGGCCGUUGCUCCAGGGAGAACUGCAAAUAUCUUCAUCCACCCCCACAUUUAAAAACGCAGUUGGAGAUAAAUGGACGCAAUAACUUGAUUCAGCAGAAGAACAUGGCCAUGUUGGCCCAGCAAAUGCAACUAGCCAAUGCCAUGAUGCCUGGUGCCCCAUUACAACCCGUGCCAAUGUUUUCAGUUGCACCAAGCUUAGCCACCAAUGCAUCAGCAGCCUUUAAUCCCUAUCUGGGACCUGUUUCUCCAAGCCUGGUCCCGGCAGAGAUCUUGCCGACUGCACCAAUGUUGGUUACAGGGAAUCCGGGUGUCCCUGUACCUGCAGCUGCUGCAGCUGCUGCACAGAAAUUAAUGCGAACAGACAGACUUGAGGUAUGUCGAGAGUACCAACGUGGCAAUUGCAACAGAGGAGAAAAUGAUUGUCGGUUUGCUCAUCCUGCUGACAGCACAAUGAUUGACACCAAUGACAACACAGUCACUGUGUGUAUGGAUUACAUCAAAGGGAGAUGCUCUCGGGAAAAGUGCAAAUACUUUCAUCCCCCUGCACAUUUGCAAGCCAAGAUCAAGGCUGCCCAAUACCAGGUCAACCAGGCUGCAGCUGCACAGGCUGCAGCCACCGCAGCUGCCAUGACUCAGUCGGCUGUCAAAUCACUGAAGCGACCCCUCGAGGCAACCUUUGACCUGGGAAUUCCUCAAGCUGUACUUCCCCCAUUACCAAAGAGGCCUGCUCUUGAAAAAACCAACGGUGCCACCGCAGUCUUUAACACUGGUAUUUUCCAAUACCAACAGGCUCUAGCCAACAUGCAGUUACAACAGCAUACAGCAUUUCUCCCACCAGGCUCAAUAUUGUGCAUGACACCCGCUACAAGUGUUGUUCCCAUGGUGCACGGUGCUACGCCAGCCACUGUGUCCGCAGCAACAACAUCUGCCACAAGUGUUCCCUUCGCUGCAACAGCCACAGCCAACCAGAUACCCAUAAUAUCUGCCGAACAUCUGACUAGCCACAAGUAUGUUACCCAGAUGUAGAAUUUUCAUCACUAAACAAUCAUGCUAAAGAGGAAAGGACAGUGUGCUUGGUUAGAAUAAAGGACGAGGUCAUUAGCCAUAUUGUAUAUAUCGUCAAGCAACAUACACAAAAGUUCCUCAGCCACAAGACAUCCACAUAUUGCAUGUUAACCAGAAGAAAAGACAACAUGGAAAUCCACUGCACACUGUUGCCUAUACACUUUGUACAUUUAAUUGAUAUUUGUGCUGAGGUGAUAUUCCUGUCUAAAAGAACAACAUUGUCUUUCUUUUCUAGCACAGAGUUAUGCAUUCAAAGAUGCAUACCUAAUUAGUUUCCUAUAUAUUCAUGCCAUCUUGAAAAGACAGACUAUGGUGUAACCAUGAUUCUAUUAUGUAUUGGUACGUCUGUAGACCAAGAUAUAAUUUUUUAAAAAUAAGUUUAUUUCUUUCAAGGUUUACAAAUAACAAAGGUGCACCUUGUAUUUAAAAUUGCCAUUAUAGAUGAGAGCGUGCAUGCACAGUCAUUUUUGUUUAAGAGUAAUAUUUUUAAUGUAAUAGAUUGUAAGACGUGGUGAGGGAGGGAUCUGACAGAGAUGAAUGUGCCAAGCAAAACCACAACUGUGUAUAUUUUAAAGCACAUCAUGGCUUUAAGUACCAUGUUGUUAAGGAUUCUCAUGAAGUGCCAUAGACUGUACAUCAAAUUAGAGUAUUAUUUCUUCAGUGUUAUUGUUUUCAGAGCCACAUUUUGUUGUUGCAUAUUUGCUAGUACUAAUCAGUCAAAGGGCACCAUUCUUUUUUUUUUUUUUUUUUUUUUUUGAAACCAAAGCUGUCUCAGAAAUGGCCAAUUUAACUUUACAGUAACAAUAGACAGCACAACACAAACUCAAUACAGAUAAACUCACACAUACUGGAGAUAUAUAUAUAAUAGAUACAUAUAAAAUUAUUUUAAUGCAUUGUAGUGUAAUAUUUAUGCAUAUGAUACUGUAUAACUUGUUAUUCAAAAGGGAUUGCCAUUUCUGAGACACAGUAACAAAAAAUGUUUGAGGAAAUUAUUUUGCUUCUAUUUAUAGCCUCUGUCAAAAGUCAAAAGACUAUAAAUGCUUUGCAAAAAUGGUUUCACGUUUGCUUAAAUGCUUCAUCACAGUCACAUUCAAAAUAGUGACUCUAAACAAAGAAGGAAAGCAGCACUGUCAUCAGAUGCAUGAUAAACCAAAAUAUGAAAAUGGGAAAUGUUUAAUUAACCUAGUAAUUGGGUGGGUUAAGUACAUGGGUGAAUUUUAUAUGUGAUUUUUGUUUUGUUCAGAUUAACUGCUUAUAGCCUUAGAACGCCUUUUACAAAAUUUAAAAAAAUAGAUGUGCAUUCAGUUUUUAAGAAUGGAAUCAUCCAAAGGAAUUCCUUUUUUUGAGGUUUGGAUGUUGCAGCUAGUAAAGGAUAUUUUUGCUCUGUUCAGCAGUUCUAAAAAUUGCUGAAGUAGGGGCCAGGUCACUGGUAGUUAUAGUAUGGAAUGGGAGAAGUGAAAGUUCAGUUAUAGAACUUUCCAUACUUCCAAGUUUACUGCAAGUUUUUAUGCUUGAGAGAGAUGCUUUCUAAUAUAAGACUGAUGUGUUGAUUUUACUGAUUGUACUGUACAUCUAUUAAAGCCUUAGAUUAUUACAUUACGGGUUGGAACCCAUACCAAUGUAAUUUCAAUCGUGUUAAGAAAGUAAUGGUGACUUCACAUGUUAUUGUAGUUAGUUACAUUAUAGAAUAUUACUUAUUUUUCUUGUUAAAAUGUAGUUUUUCAUUUCCUACAUUUAUUAGAUUUUCAUUUUCUAUUAACAAUUGAAUACCAUUUCAGUUUAUAGACUAUUGUUUUAUUAGAUUUUACCGAUGAAUUUUUCAAAAUACAAAAAAAAGUAGUUUUUCCUUCAUAACAUACUCAGUUUUGAAUUACAUGUAGUGUCAUAUGAAUAUUCGUAUUGUUAACUAAAUGAUUUAUAUUUUACUGAUUUAAUAUUACAGUGUAAGAAUGUCAGUCAUUGUUAGUUCUUGUCUAGUUUUCAUUAAAAGAACAAAGAUCUUUUAUAUGGAUAUCUUAUAAAUAUAUAAUCAUUGCUAAGUAAGAAGUUAAGUUGUUGCCAUCGCAACAAUCCUGGCAGACAAUUGAGUAAUAUUUUGAUGAUUUAUUUUGUUUGUAAUUAGUUAUUAUAAGAAGAUCUAGAUCCUAGAUAUUAGAAUAAAAUUUAUUUUCUACUGUAUCCAUUUCAAAUGUUAAAAUAUUGUUUAAUAUUUUUGAAAUCCCUGAGUAUCAGGCCUUGUUAUAAAUAAGCUGCAUAAUCAAUAAAUAGAACAAGGGACUUUUUGUUGAUAAUCCAAAUACUCAAAGUUUACGUAAUGAAAAUUAUAGCGUGUGUGCAAACUCUUGAGGGUUGAUUAUGCUGCAAUUUAGCAUGUUGGAACGUCUAGAGAGAAGGUUGACUUUUUGCACUUCUGUAUAUAGUCAAAAGAGAGAAACCUGUAUAAUAGUAAGAUCUUAUUUUGAAUAAAAACGUCUAUAAUUACAAGGAGUUUUGUUAAGGCUAAUACAAUGACAGACUGAGCAAAAUUGCUUGCAAAAGUGGCACAGAGUUAGCACUCCAUACCCCUUCAAACAUGUUGCUUUGCUUUCUUGUGGACAGCUUGUAGUUUGCCAGGAUUUUUUCAGCUGGAAAGAUAUGCCAUCCUUUCAAACCCUCAUGACUGACAAAAGCUCCAUGGGGCCAAAUCUGCCUGAAGAUCAUUACCAAAAAUAGCAGGUACUUCUACCAUUAAGGUGAAAUCAUGGAUCAGAUAUUCCUUACAUUUUUCAAAACUACUGCAUGUUUAAAACUUCAACAAAAAAAAGAGAGAAAGAACUAUACUAAGAACAUAUAUUAUUCAGAUCAGUUUCUGCCAAUUUCAGUGGUUUAUUGUUCACAAAAAAAUCCUCAAAACAAGUAUUGACUUUCACAAAUUUAAAUCAUAAACAGGCAAACCAAACAGCACACUGUAGCUAUAGUUGUUAUGUGAUUGUUUUUUAAUUGCUGUAGGAUCCUGUUCUUUCAGCAGGUGAAAAAUAAAACGCAGUUCAAAUUUCACGGCUUUAAUUUUCAACUCAGAAGCACUCAAAAAUGCAAAAUGUGAUAAUGGGCACUUGUUAAAAGAAUUAGUGUAUCCAGCCUUCACUCCAGCUGGUUAAAAAUGUUGCACUUAUCAGCAACCCUACCACUUUCAUCUGCUGAAAGGACAAAUGUGCUUGGUUUUACUAUUAUGUAAUCACAACUUACUUUCUGCUUGUAGUUGCUUAAAAUUAUGUAUUUUGUCUUGGGCUGCAAUUUGUUUUAUGCUUAUUUUAUUAUUACUGCAGUAGUUGACUUUGCUGUAUGGAAAAAUAAAGUGAAAUUGCCCUAAUAAAACUUCUCUUUCUUAAGUA